AUGGAUGAUGCUGCUGUCCUUAAGAGAAGAGGCUACAUCAUGGGAAUAAAUUUGGGAGAGGGCUCGUAUGCAAAAGUGAAAUCUGCUUACUCCGAGCGCCUGAAGUUCAAUGUGGCAGUCAAGAUCAUCGACCGCAGGAAAGCCCCCACGGAUUUCUUAGAGAAAUUCCUGCCCCGGGAGAUUGAGAUCCUGGCAAUGCUGAACCACCGCUCCAUCGUCAAGACCUACGAGAUCUUUGAGACAUCCGACGGCAAGGUCUACAUCGUCAUGGAGCUCGGGGUCCAAGGAGACCUCCUGGAGUUCAUCAAGACGCGGGGCGCCCUACACGAAGACGAUGCCCGGAAGAAGUUCCACCAGCUCUCUUCGGCCGUCAAGUACUGCCAUGACCUGGACGUUGUCCACCGCGACCUCAAGUGUGAGAACCUCCUCCUGGACAAAGACUUCAACAUCAAGCUGUCCGACUUUGGGUUCUCCAAGCGCUGCAUACGGGACGACAGCGGACGCAUCAUGCUCAGCAAGACCUUCUGCGGGUCGGCGGCUUAUGCAGCCCCCGAGGUGCUCCAGGGCAUCCCCUACCAGCCCAAGGUGUACGACAUCUGGAGCCUGGGCGUGAUCCUCUACAUCAUGGUCUGCGGCUCCAUGCCAUACGAUGACUCCAACAUCAAGAAGAUGCUGCGUAUCCAGAAGGAGCACCGCGUCAACUUCCCCCGCUCCAAGCACCUGACGGGCGAGUGCAAGGACCUCAUCUACCGCAUGCUGCAGCCCGACGUCAACCGGAGGCUGCACAUCGAUGAGAUUCUCAGCCACUGCUGGGUGCAGCAGGUCAAGCCCAAGACUCAGCCCUCAACCUCCACCACCAAGGAUGGGGAGAGCUCCCGGGGAGCACACGAUGCGCUCAGGGUCCCGGAGGCAAACUUAGAAAAGAAGUCCACCACCAAGGUGGAAAUAAAGGAGGAGCCCAAGACAGAGGUGCCCUUGGAGAAAGAAGAGUCGGUGCAGGUGACGAGGCAGUCGGAGACCCUGGGCUUCAACUCGGACCAGCCAGGCAAGGAGUCCGAGCAAGGGAACCCCUCACCACCUGCAGAGACUGUGCUCACCUACAAAGACUGA